UAGCACAGCAUUGUUAUCUUUCAGAUUUUAUACAUGCACCUUCGAAGUUGUUAUAAAGCAUGGUUGACAUUAAGAAGGACAAUAAGAAAACUGUGGAUUUGGUGCUGAUCAUUGGGUGUGUCAUACUCAGUCUACAACAAGCAGUUGGUCAUGACAAGGACCGCAGGUUACUGUUAAAUGAUCCCCAUACUUUCCAGGUACAGUUAGAAGCAAUGCAAAGAGAAAUGCAGACUCUGAAAAGUCUGGUUAACACACAACAAACUCAGAUCCAGGCGAUGCAAAUUCAACUGAACACAAAGGCUGAACAAGGACCAGGGGCUAUUUAUACAAUAUGGGGAAAGAAAAGUUGUCCAUCGAGAAACGGAACAGCAAUGGUGUACACAGGUAUAACGGGUGGUAAGUCUCAUUACGAGCCAGGGGGCGGUGUGAAUACUCUGUGUCUCCCUCAUGACCCGGACAAUGCGCCACAUGACUUCCCUACAAGUCAGGAAUCAGCAGCCCACUUGUUCGGCAGUGAGUACCAGUUCACGUACAGAAAGAUUGCAAGGGAUGACGACGUGCCAUGUGCACUCUGCCGCGUGCAAAGCGCCGGCUCCAUUUUAAUGAUUCCAGCGAAAACAACUUGUCCAUCUGGAUGGAUCAUGGAAUACAAUGGAUAUUUGAUAACAGACAACUUUAGUAACGGAUAUCAUGCAACAGAUUUUGUUUGUCUUCACGGAGACCCUGAGUAUUUGACUGAAGGGGCACGACAACAUAACUUAGACGGACAUAUCCUUUUUCCGGUUACAGCGGUCUGCGGUUCUCUCCCUUGCCCUCCUUAUAAACAAGGACAACAUAUAACAUGUGUUGUCUGCUCGUUAUAAUAAAGCAUAUUU